AGGGAUGAGCCCGUCCCUCUGGACCGUCCUCGGCUUCCCCGGCUGCCCAGUAGCGUUGCGGGUGGAAAAGUCACUCUCCCCGCCCGCCGAGACAGGCUCGAAUGCGCUCUGCAGAGGACGCGUCCUCGGGCGGCGGCGGCGGCAGCAGCAACAGCCGCAGCGCCGCGGUCUCUGCGACUGAGCUGGUAUUUGGGCGGCGGGUGGCGGCGGGGACGGUUGGGGGUGGGAGGAGGCGGAGGAGGAGGCGAGGAAGGAGGAGGAGGGAGAACCCCGUGCAACGUUGGGACUUGGCAGCCCGCCUCCCCCUGCCCAAGGAUAUUUAAUUUGCCUCGGGAAUCGCUACUUGCAGAGGGGAACUCAGUAGGGACGGCGCGCGCGCCUGGAGGGCCGAGCGGGGACUCUACCGCCGCUGCCUCCUGGUGCGGGACUCGAUCGGGGGUGGCGAGAGAUGCUUCUCUGCUCCUUCCCGGCUGCGGCGACUCCGAGGACACUUGGCUUUUCGGAAGAUCGUGGCUGAGCUCACCCCAGACUCACUGCCUUCCCUCCUGGACAUGAACCGCCCUUAAACUCCAGUCAGUCGGGCUGUCUUCCUUGGCUCAGCCGCUACGUCCUCCUCCGGCGGCCCCUCCCCAGCGCAGGGGGCGGCGGAUUUGGGAGUCCCGGUUUCUGCUGCCUCCAGCCCCGAGUGCAUGUGCCGGGCCGCAUCGGCCACCCUCCGCCCCCCACCCAGUUUUUCGGCGCCUCCCUCGGCUCCGCGGCAGUGGCGGCGGCAUGGCGAGCCCUCCGGAUACUGAUGGCUUCUCGGACGUGCGCAAGGUGGGCUACCUGCGCAAACCCAAGAGUAUGCACAAGCGCUUUUUCGUGCUGCGGGCUGCCAGCGAGGCCGGGGGCCCGGCGCGACUGGAGUACUAUGAGAACGAGAAGAAGUGGCGCCACAAGUCGAGCGCCCCCAAACGCUCGAUCCCCCUCGAGAGCUGUUUCAACAUUAACAAGCGAGCUGACUCCAAGAACAAGCACCUGGUGGCUCUCUACACCCGGGACGAGCACUUUGCCAUUGCCGCGGAUAGCGAGGCCGAGCAGGACAGCUGGUACCAGGCUCUCCUGCAGCUGCACAACCGAGCAAAGGCCCACCAUGACGCAGCCCCCGGAGGAGGCGGCGGUAGCUGCAGCGGCAGCUCCGGCCUCGGGGAGGCAGGGGAGGACUUGAGCUAUGGAGACACGGGCCCAGGACCUGCGUUCAAGGAGGUCUGGCAGGUGAUCCUCAAACCCAAAGGCCUGGGUCAGACAAAGAACUUGAUUGGCAUCUACCGCCUCUGCCUGACCAGCAAGACCAUCAGCUUCGUGAAGCUGAACACCGACGCAGCCGCUGUGGUGCUGCAGCUGAUGAACAUCAGACGCUGCGGCCACUCCGAGAACUUCUUCUUCAUCGAGGUGGGCCGUUCAGCAGUGACAGGGCCUGGCGAGUUCUGGAUGCAGGUAGAUGACUCCGUGGUGGCCCAGAACAUGCACGAGACCAUCCUAGAGGCGAUGCGGGCCAUGAGUGAUGAGUUUCGCCCUCGAAGCAAGAGUCAGUCUUCGUCCAAUUGCUCCAACCCCAUCAGCGUCCCCCUCCGCAGACACCAUCUCAACAAUCCUCCACCCAGCCAGGUGGGGCUGACCCGCCGAUCGCGCACCGAGAGCAUCACUGCCACCUCUCCUGCCAGCAUGGCGGGAGGGAAGCCAGGCUCCUUCCGCGUGCGCGCCUCCAGCGAUGGCGAAGGCACCAUGUCCCGCCCGGCCUCGGUGGACGGCAGCCCCGUGAGUCCUAGCACCAACAGGACCCACGCCCAUCGGCAUCGUGGUAGCUCCAGGCUGCACCCCCCACUCAACCACAGCCGUUCCAUCCCGAUGCCUUCUUCUCGCUGCUCACCUUCAGCCACCAGCCCAGUUAGUCUGUCGUCCAGUAGCACCAGUGGCCACGGCUCCACCUCAGACUGUCUCUUUCCCCGGCGGUCCAGUGCCUCUGUGUCCGGCUCUCCCAGCGAUGGCGGUUUCAUUUCUUCUGAUGAAUAUGGCUCUAGUCCCUGUGAUUUCCGAAGUUCCUUCCGUAGUGUCACUCCAGAUUCCCUGGGCCACACCCCACCGGCACGGGGCGAGGAGGAGCUGAGCAACUAUAUCUGCAUGGGUGGCAAGGGGACCUCCACUUUGGCUGCCCCCAAUGGUCACUACAUUUUGUCUCGGGGUGGCAAUGGUCACCGUUACAUCCCAGGAGCUAACUUGGGGACAAGCCCAGCCUUGACUGGGGAGGAAGCCGCCAACGCUGCAGAUCUGGAUAACCGCUUUCGGAAGAGAACCCACUCAGCAGGGACAUCGCCAACCAUUUCUCACCAGAAGACCCCCUCACAGUCCUCUGUGGCUUCUAUUGAGGAAUAUACAGAGAUGAUGCCAACCUACCCACCAGGAGGGGGCAGUGGAGGCCGACUGCCCAGUUACCGGCAUUCUGCCUUUGUGCCCACCCACUCCUAUCCCGAGGAGGGGCUAGAGAUGCCCGCCUUAGAGCGUCGUGGUGGCCACCAUCGUCCAGACUCCACCCUCCACACUGAUGAUGGCUACAUGCCCAUGUCCCCAGGGGUGGCUCCAGUACCCAGCAACCGAAAAGGAAAUGGAGACUAUAUGCCCAUGAGCCCCAAGAGUGUAUCUGCCCCACAGCAGAUCAUCAACCCCAUCAGACGCCACCCUCAGAGAGUUGACCCCAAUGGCUACAUGAUGAUGUCCCCCAGUGGCAGCUGCUCUCCUGACAUUGGAGGCCGGUCCAGCAACAACAGCAGUGCAGCCCCUUCUGGGAGCAGCUAUGGGAAGCUAUGGACAAAUGGCGUAGCAGGCCAUCAUUCUCAUGCCCUGACUCAUGCCAAACCUGUAGAGAGCAGCGGUGGCAAACUCUUGCCUUGCACAGGUGACUACAUGAACAUGUCCCCAGUGGGGGACUCCAACACUAGCAGCCCCUCAGACUGCUACUACGGCCCAGAGGACCCCCAGCACAAGCCUGUACUCUCUUACUACUCCUUACCAAGGUCCUUUAAGCACACCCAGCGCCCCAGGGAGUCAGAGGAGGGUGCUCGGCACCAGCAUCUUCGCCUCUCCUCCAGCUCCGGUCGCCUUCUCUACACUGCAACUGCGGAAGACUCUUCCUCUUCUACCAGCAGUGACAGUGUUGGUGGGAGUUACUGUGGGGCUAGGCCCCACCACCAUGUCCUGCAGCCCCAUCUUCCUCGAAAGGUGGACACAGCUGCUCAGACCAACGGCCGCCUGCCUCGGCCCACAAAGCUAUCCCUGGGGGAUCUCAAGGCCAGCACCUUACCUCGGGCUCGAGAGCAACAGCAACAGCCACAACAAACUCCGCUGCACCCUCCUGAGCCCAAGAGUCCAGGGGAAUAUGUGAAUAUUGAAUUUGGGAGUGACCAGCCUGGCUAUUUAGCUGGCCCCAUGACUUCCCGUAGCUCCCCUUCUGUUCGGUGUCCACCCCAGCUCCAGCCAGCUCCCAGAGAGGAAGAGACUGGCACUGAGGAGUACAUGAACAUGGACUUGGGGCCAGGCCGGAGGGCAGCCUGGCAGGAGAGUGGUGGGGAGAUGGGCAGAGUGGGCCCGGCACCUCCAGGGGCUGCCACUGCUAGCAGGCCUACCCGGUUGGUGCCCAGUAGCCGGGGUGACUACAUGACCAUGCAGAUGGGUCAUCCUCGUCAGAGCUACGUGGAUACCUCUCCAGUGGCCCCUGUCAGCUAUGCUGACAUGCGGACAGGCAUUGCUACAGAGGAGGUGAGCCUGCCUAGAGCCACAGCAGCUGCUCCCUCGUCGUCUUCCACAGCCUCUGCUUCUCCCGCUGCGCCUCAAGGAGCAGCUGAGGUAGCUGCUCGCUCUUCCCUGCUGGGGGGUCCUCAGGGACCUGGGGGCAUAAGCGCCUUCACCAGGGUGAACCUCAGUCCUAACCGCAACCAGAGUGCCAAAGUGAUCCGAGCAGACCCACAAGGGUGCCGGAGGAGGCAUAGCUCCGAGACAUUCUCCUCAACCCCUACUGCCACCCGGGCUGGCAACACUGUGCCCUUUGGAGCAGGGGCUGCAGUAGGGGGCGGUGGCGGGGGCAGCAGCAGUGAGGAUGUAAAACGCCACAGCUCUGCAUCAUUUGAAAACGUGUGGCUGAAACCUGGGGAGCCAGGGGGAGCUCCCAAGGAGCCGACUCAAGUGUGUGGGGCUGCUGCAGGGGUGGAGAAUGGACUUAACUACAUAGACCUGGAUUUGGUCAAGGACUUCAAACAGCGCCCUCAGGAGCGCCCCCCUCAACAGCAGCCCCCAUCUUCCCCAGCCCCUCACCAGCCCCCGGGCUGCAGUGAGGCGAGCCCCACCAGCCGCUCCAGCGAGGAAUUAAGCGCCUAUGCCAGCAUCAGCUUUCAGAAGCAGCCAGAGGACCGUCAGUAGCUCAACUGGACAUCACAGCAGAAUGAAGACCUAAAUGACCUCAGCAAAUCCUCCUUUAACUCAUGGGUACCCAGACUCGAACUAUUUCACAACUCACAACCAGGACCUCACAUCUUCCUCCUCAGUAGAUGGUACGACACAUCCAUUUCAGUUUGUUUACUUUGUACAAUCCUCAGGAGAUCAUUGACUGAACUGCACGUUCUAUAUUGUGCCAAG